AUGCGCGGCGCCAUGCACCCCAACAUCUCCAAGCUCUCCGCCCUCACCGCCCUGUCAGCGCCACCACUCCACUCCUCCCCGCCAUCAUUCAUUGCCACCACUCGUUGCAACGUCAAUUCCCCUGCAAGCCCACGUGGAGGCUCGUCCACCACCGGCUCAACCCACUGUUCUGCCGCCCGCUCAUGCCUGCCACUCCUCCUGCCACCUUCCCCCCCUCUCCGCUCCGCCUCUCCAUGCACGCCCUGCAGGGACCUGUCAAGCAACUUCUUGGUGGGUCCCUUGGACCCGUUCAUCUCACCCCUCACAGGCCUCACCACCCUCAAAUACCUAGAUCUGCUUAACAUAACCUCUGUGUGGAGAUGCACCGUGCUCCUCUCUGUGCUCCUCUCUGUGCUCCUCUCUGUGCUCCUCUCUGUGCUCCUCUCUGUGCUCCUCUCUGUGCUCCUCUCUCUGCUCCUCUCUGUGCUCCUCUAUGUGCUCCUCUUUGUGCUCCUCUCUGUGCUCCUCUCUGUGUUCCUCUCCAUGCUCGGCUGCUGUGCCGUGGUCAUGAGUUACAACUUCUUCUCGGGCUCGCUGCCUGCCACCAUCUCUGCCAUCAAGAACCUCUACAUGCUCCCCGUGCCUUGCCUCUACAUGCUGUCAGCCCCGUGCCUUGCCUCUACAUGCUGUGAGCCCCAUGUCUUCCCUCUACAUGCUGUGAGCCCCGUGCCUUGCCUCUACAUGCUGAGCGUGGGGUGGAACUACCUGACGGGGUCGGUGCCGGUGGUGGGCGCAGCGCUGCAAGUGCUGGAUGUGGAGAACAACUGGCUCAUCGAAAACUUCCCCUCCACCACCAACUGGGCCUUCUGCACGGCGCAGGCCAACUGCUUCACGGACCCCACGCCCUGCAAGAACAACAACAACUAG